GACGUAUCAGUAACGUGAUUGAAGACCUCCAUCGUUUCUACUUUAUUUUUUUCUUGAAAAUAUUGUUAAAAUGAUAUUAUAUAUAUAAAUAUGGAGUAAUAAAUAAAUCAUCCACACCUGGUAAUCGUUAACCGUCAAACUAAUGUCCUCAAAUAGCGACUUCGGGUGAACGAGAGUGUAUCAUCACAAACCCACUGCACCUUUCUCAUAGUCAUAGCACACGGCACGCGUUGCGCCCCCGCCCCUGUGCCAUGCCCCCCCGUGUAUAUAGAGCUACUCGGCAACCGCCGCUCAGCCUGCUCUGAUCGAUAGUGCCUUCGUUCACUCUCUCUCUGUGACUCUGUAACUUCGCGGUAGCUACAGCGCCACAGCCUCCUCAUCGCUGGAUACUUAACACAGUACGAGUUAAAGAAUACGCGUGUAAUAUUCGUAUUUUUUUGGGUUAAAUUGUGCCAGGAAACAUCGUUUUUUGUUGCUAUUUUUGAAACUAAAUCUCGUUUCUAAACAGGCUGUUCGUUGGUGAAGAAGUGUCAAGAUGAAGUGGUUGGCUCUUUGCGUGUUAGCUAUAGUAGUUAUAAGUUUGGCUGGAGCUGAUGGAGAAGUUUGGGAGGAAGAUGAUCACGAAGUACUUAUCAGAAGCGAAAGGGGAGCAAAGACUCGCGGUAAGCAAGAAUGCCGAUACGGUAAAGGAGCAUGGACGGAAUGUGAUCCGAAAACGAAUCAACGUUCUCGUACGUUGACGCUCAAGAAGGGCAACCAGACAAGUUGCGAACCUACCAAGACGAUUCAAAAGAAGUGCAAAAAAGCGUGUCGAUACGAAAAAGGUACAUGGGGUGAAUGUAAUGCGCAGAGCCAGAUGACAAGAAAUGACAAAUUAAAGCCAAACAGCGAUGCAUCAUGCGAGCAGACCAGACAAAUAACGAAAAAGUGUAAAGCAAAAGGUGCCAAGCCAACGAAAGAUAAGAAAGCUCCCCGUCGCAACAGGCAGUAAAGAAUAUUAGAAAAUUAGGAUAAAUAAGUUUAAAUAUUACUUCAUUUAGCGAUUCAUCAAAUCUUCACGCAAUAUUAUCAAUCAUAGAUUCAUUACAAUAAUUUUCUGUAGGAAUCUCAUGGUAAUCAAUAUGUUCAUAUACAUAUAUCAACAAUAUAUGUAUAUUUAUUAAAAUUUUACAAAUAAAGGUUAUGACAAAAUCAAAAUAUAAAUAUUUUUAUUAUUAAUUAUACCUUCUAAUAGAAAUAUUGUGAUAAGAGUUAAAUGGAAUUUUUAACGAUGUAUGAAUAAGGUUGUUAGAAACGGCAUUACCAUAUGAAACAUUAGCAAAAUUGUAAAAUACAUUAUUCAUAAUACUUGUUCACCAUUUUAAGCACUUUGUUUAUUCAAAAUCUAUGAAUCUCCUUUUUUUCUUGUCCUUUUACAUUUCCAGGGGUGUGAUGAGGUUCUAGUUCAUUUUGAAAUUAUUUUUUCCAGUUUAUUCUAUCAUUUAUCAUAUUUCUUAAUUUAUCUGAAGUUGUUUCUAGUUUUGUCUCCGUUUUCUCUAUUUUUACUAUACAUUGUUUUGGAUACGAACAACAGGUGACAUGUGGAUCACAGUCCUUAUCGAAUCCGUCUCUUCCAAUAUCCUUCACCAUCUUUAUCAAUUCCUCUGAGGUUUUUCCUUGUUUUGAUUCAAGUUCUUUUAUUUUUAUUAUAUUUAUUUUCCUUGGAGGCGAACAAUAGGCUACUGAUGAGGAUCCCAGUCCAUUUUGUACCCAUUUCUUCUAGUAUCUCCUAUUUUUUCCCAUCUUCCUCUAUUCCUCUAAGAUUUUUCCUUGUUUUGCUUCAAGUUCUUUCUUUUACUAUAAUUUUUUUCCUUUGAGGCAAAAAACAAGUGACUGAUGAGGAACACAGUCCAUUUUGUACCUAAUUCUUCCAGUAUCUUCUAUUUCCCGAAUUUCUCUAAGGAUCUUUCGCGUUUCAUUCCUAGUUCCUUUAUUUUUACUAUACAUUUGCUCCUGAGACGAACUACAGGUGACUGAUAAGAUCCCAGUAACUUUUGAACACAUUUCUUGCAGUAUCUUCAAUCUUUCUAUCGUUUUGUCCUUAGCUUCUUUCUUUUCACCAUACAUUUCUUUCUUGUAGAUGACCAACGGGUAAGUGAUAAAGAUCCCAAUCUUAUUUUUGCCUUUUUUUUCCAGUAUAUUCUAUAUUUUGCCGUUUUCCUCGUUUUUUAUCCUAUCCAUUAUUUUUACUAUAAAUUUCUUCCUUUGUUCCAGUGGUGUCUUCUACCUUGUGCCAUUUUUUAAAAUUCCUCUGAAGUUCUUUCUUGAUUGGAGAAGAAACAACAGGUGAUUGAUUAGGAUCCUUGGAGACGAAAAAUUUGGAUAUGAAAUGUCUUUCGAAGCAAUAAUUAUUAAAAAACAGUUCGUCAUCAAACUACCCAUAAAAUUUCGAUUAGAAUAAAAUUGAUAUGUGUUCUGUUGCCCAUAUUCAACCCAUAAACACAAGUUUUAAUAAAGAUAAGCACCAUGAGAGUUGAAAAAUUGACUAUUAAAUACCAGCACGACUUUCAAAAUUUAAUAAAGAAAUACUAUCACUCUGUUGUUAUUUGAGAAACAUUUCAAGAGAUCUUGUGAAUAAAUAAAUACAUACUAAGCCAUAAAAAAGAAGAAUAUGUAUUUAUUAAGUACCUUUAGAUCAAUUUCUAUGAAAACUGAUGGAGUUUUAUUGUACACUGUCAUAUUAAAAAUAUUCCACGUGAUAAACAUAAAUACAUAGGUACAAUGCACUAUAAAAAAGAAGAAAAGAUUUCAUUGACAUAAAAUUGCUCUAGAUAAAUUUCUAUGAACACUGGUACUGUGACACUGAUAGAAUUUUAUUAUCUUCUACUUUCCCAUUCGUUAUGAAAAAUUAGAAUAAGUCAAUAGCAACGAUUUUUACGAUGGGGAAAUUAGAGCUGUACAAGCGAAUUUAAUAGAGGCCACAAUUUUAUCUGUGUUUUUAUAUAAUAAGUUUUGUAUCACAUUUUAACGCCGGGACAGAACAACCUUAUUAAUAUAAAUUCCAUAACCUUUGUAUGUAAAACAUUAAUUGAAUAAAUAGUAGAACCCUUUGGUAAAAGGCCUAAGGUCCCUAACUGCCAUUGACAUCUCUCAUUCAUGUAGUAAGUUUUUAUUCCUCAUUAUCCUAUUAUAAGGUCACCCAAUUCUCUCUUUAUCAUGUAAUAUCGAUAUUUAAAAAAAAUAUAAAUUUAAUGGAGACAUUUAGAGUACUGAUUACCGGAAAUUUUACCAAUAAAGAAUUCUUACUAUUAUAGGUUAUAAAUAAAGUUUCCGAAGCUGUACAACUACUGCUUCUGAAGUACAUUGAAAUUGGCAACGCUUACUAAUUAUAAACUUUAUUGAAUGAACAGGGAAAACUAAUUUAUCAUUCAAUGGAUUUAUAAUAUCAGGUCCGUAGCUAGGCUAGUUUGAACCUAACUUUUAUAAUCAAAAAAGGAUACCACAAAUUUAAAACGGUUGUUCGUGGCCUCGCAAGAAGCAAUGCGAUAAGAUAAUUUAUUUUAUAAUUUCGAGCCAUGUGUUUGAAUUUGUACAGUAAUUCAAGAUGGCGAGUUAUGGUUUAGAUCAAAAAUGGAUUUACAUCUAUUGAAAUUUCUCAACUAGAAGCACUUAAUACUAUUGUUUUUUGAGAUAAUUCAACUGUCAAUUAUGUAAUAUCUCUUCUCAUAUUUGAAUGAAGAAAAAGGCAAUUUUAUAAACUGGAUUAUUCACUUAUUUCUCUUUUACGACUGACAGAACUGAAAGAAACAAUUAGAAAAGAUUAAAUAAAAUUCACAAUAAAUAAAUGAGAAAUACUUUAUAUGUAUUUCUUCUCAAGUUAGACACGACAUCAACAAAUCGCUUAUUGGUCGUCCGGUUGUAAAAGUAUAGAACGCCGUUCACCUGCUGUUGAUUUACCAUUUUACAGGACAGGAAUAUGUAUCUGAAAUUAUUGUUCAAAGUGUUUUUCCAAUUAAAGUAAAAUACUGCUUGUAUGCAGUAGUAAAAUAUCUACUAACACAAUCGAAGCAAAUCUGACGAAACGUUUUAAGAACAAAAUGUGAAGAAAGUUUAGGAAUUUUAAAUAAAGUUUUCAAAGAAGUUUAUAAUGAUUUUAUUUACAGAUUGUUCCAAUGUUGACUUUGUAUAAUAUUCUAAAAAAUUUGUACUUUCAAAAACCUUGCAGGUAAUUUACUUUAAUAAUUAAUAAAAAUAUUUUUUUACAUAUUAACGUUAGUACCUUGUGUUAUCUUUAAAAGUUGUUAUGCGUCGGAAAAUAUUAUAUAUCAAAUUACUUGAUGAUAAAAAUAGUUUUUACUAUUUGUAAAUACUACAACUUUGAUAUUAUACCAGUUUAAAAAACUUAUAUAUUAUUGUAAUGUGCGGUCCUGUUCAAUAAUUUUGUCGAUCAGGUACAGAUGGCAUGCACGGCCGAGCUUUUAUUUACGUUAUGUCUAUCUUUAAAACGAAUAGACUUUGGAGUUUAGACCAAACUGCACAAACCUUGUUAAACAGGUUAUUGACAAAAGUAUACGAAAAAUUAUUAUAAUUAUUUUAGAAUGAAAAAUCGAUUUAACAUAACUAAAUGAUUUCAAAAUCAAAAAGUAAGUACUCCAUAUUCAAUUUACGUUUAAGAUUUAAAAAAUCUAUAAUACUUUCUAUGGUAAGGACUAAAAAUAACAUCGAAAUAAUAUUUAAUGUACUGAACAAUAAAAUCUCCAUUAAAAUUUUGGUAAACUUAAGAAAUGUAUAGAUGUUUGUUGUAGGAUACUUGUAGUAAUACUGGGAAAAAUAUACAGUGUGAGUUAUUGAAACUUUUAACAUAUUUUUGUUUGAAUCUUCUUGGUGGUAUAAAUACCUGUUUUUAUAUUUUUUACUUACUAAUUUAAGUAUAUAUGUGGCUGUAAAACUUAAUAAUAUAUCACUGUAUUUGACACAUUCGAUUAAAAAAUAAAAAUGUUUGAAAUAUCA